AUGACAGAGUAUGGAACAGAGUUGGCCGGGCAGGCCAGCUUUGACCCAGAGGAAGUGAUUGCUCGCGUGGCACACAUGGUCUUGGAGGCUGGGAAGACCGUGGCAGAGCCUGCGCUGCUGGCAGACAGUCUCCUGCCCAGUGUGGAGCCCCUGCCCCAGCUGCAUGCGCUACACUACGCCGCGACGGAUGCCAGCUUGAGGGCAAGCCUCGUGCGCAGGGUCCUGGUGCAGUAUGCGCUCCGUCUCUCGCUGGCAUUCAUUCGGGGCGCAAGUAAGCUCCUGCUGGACCUUCAAAAAAUGGCACUGGAAGCCUGGGACGAGGGCGCUGAGCUAGUCUUCCAGGCCCCAGAUGGUCCAAGUGGGGGUGGAGAGGUGGCGACGCUGGGAGAGGAGUCUGGCGAGACGCCAGACCCUGCCUCGGAGUCUGUUUCCCCGCGCCAGGGAUCGGCCAGACCAGCGGCGAAUGUGCACACCGGCGUGCCCAAGCAGGCAGGGGGCGUCGGGCCCACGCCGGCGCCCAGCGGGGCCGACUCCACGGCGAGGGUGCCGCCAGCUGGCGAGAAGCUGCCGAGCAUCAGGCACCGCCCCGAGUCAUCCUCCCGGUCCGCGGCAUCUGGGGAGAACAGCGGGACCUGGGGGGCCGGCAGCAGGGCCACCGCACACACUGGUGGAGGAAAGGGCGGCGGGCAAGAGGGGGCCAGCAGCGCCCCCACCGCGCUCGUGACUGGCCUGGCGCACAUCAAACUCAGGGUGGGCAUCGUCAGCCCCCCGGCGGCGGCACAGGCGCCCGGCAGCCGCCAGGGCAUCCGCGCCGACGAGGAAGACCCCUUCGUCCCGGGGAGCGAGAUGAGGCCCGGGUCCGGUGACCAGGCUGCUCCCCGCCGACACUGGGCGGGGGUUGGCCUGCUGCUGCCCCUGGCAUUCCCCGGCGGGGAGGCGGAGGGGAGCGCCCCGGCCCAGCUGCCAGGAGCCCUCGUGCCCGUGUUCUCCAUCGGGCCCACCCCUCCCACCUCCCCGGGCUGGCCCGCCACCGCCCUGGGGAUGGGGGCUGAGGAGGACAGGAGGGCACGAGCUGCGACGACGGCCCUCGGCCCGGCCCCUGCCGCCAUGUCCACCUGGCUCACCAACGCCCAUGCCGCUCGGUGA